CAUCAUCUCGUGUGCCACUCACUCAUCCAUCUGUGAUCAAAGCUUUUACUUUCUGUUUGUUUUAUAACAGAAUAAUUCAGUAGCAAGGAUGAGCGCAGCAACAGCUCAAAGACCUUCAAGGGCUCUCUCUGUCGAUGAUGGAAAAGUUGCAGGCAACUUGGAUGUGGGAAAUGAUGUAAGAACAGGAAUAGCAUCAUCCAACAGUAGCGGUAGUGGAGCAUCAGCCGUUGCAGGUCCUUCAAAUUCAGGGAUCUUGUGUAAUGCUCAUGAAGCACCGCCAAGAAACGGAAAAAUGGAUGGCGGAAUUGGAUCAAAACUCAAAGCUGCAUUCACCCAUCAACAUCCCGGUAAACAAAUCAAAACAAACGGAAAACCCCUUGGAAAAACAUUCCAUCGUGAACAACCUUUACCGCAAAGUCAUGCAGGAGGAGAAGUUUUGAGAAUUGAUCCACGCGGUCCUGAUGCUCCUGUCGGAGAUGGUAUCGUGUUAAGCUCUGGUGAAGGCAGCGAUGAUGAAGCACCACCAGCAUCUCCAAGCGGUCAAUCUUCUAGCAACGAUGAAGCUGCAGAAAGCGAUUAUAGCAGCAAUGGCUACUUAUCGCCAAAUGAUCAAGCAAACAGAUCACGUUCAAAUACCGCUUCUACCGAAUUAUCAGAAAGUGGAUCAAGCGUUUGUAAGAUCAAAUUUGCACCUUUACCUUCUUCAGGUCGUCUCAAGCGUGCCAAUUCUAUCACGAUUGGUGUAGCAGCCAGAAGUCAGUUACUUCAAAGUCAAGGUUCUGGAAGACAAGCGGGAAAUGCAGCCGCAUGGCAACAACAAUACCAACAACAAAUGCAACGUCAACAACAAGAACAACGCGGAAGGCAAAAUGAUCAAUACAGCGAUGGUUCUCGUUAUUCCGGAAUUCAGCCUGUGCAACAAGAGCAAUCACAGGACCCGGUCGAUUUGGGAGAAGAAAUCCGAAAGGGAGCAUCCAAAGCAUGGAAUCGCUUCCGCAGAGGCAGCAGUGUAUCAUCAUCCGGCAGCAGCAGCAAACCUGAAGCUGAAAAGCGGGAGAAAUUACCGCCAGCAACGGAAAGCGCAGUGGAGGAAGAUGAUGAAUCAGCCUUGGCUACUGGAGCAGGUGAAAAGACACCCAAGCGUUCUCAAAGCCCGACUCACAUCAACAGUCGUCAUUACGAUGAUGAAGCUGAUCCUGAAGGAGCACAAACGCCACGUCAUAGUAUGCAAAGACGUGUUUCGACCGGUGCAUUUAUCGGUCAAGCAUCUUACAGUCGAAUGGAAGAAAGACGUAAACGUGGAGAUGCGGUUGAUGAAAAGAUGAGUUAUGAAGAUGCUGAAAGACAAAAUGAAGCAACUCAAUUCAUCGAAAUGUUAGGUCAAAGAGGUGCCGGCAGGGAAAUUUAUCAUCGUGCAGAUGGCGGUCGCAAGAAAGAAUACAAAGUUAAACGUGAUGGCCAAGGGAAAUUGAUCGAAGUCAUAGGUAUUGACGAGAAAGGAUCAGAUAUGGAUACUUCAUCUGAAUCUGAAAGAAGCAGAAGCACUGAAGCUUACAGUGAAGAAGACGAGGAUGAUGAAGAAACUCGUGAAGCAGAAGCUCUAGCCGAUCAAGCGCUCAAAGGACAUAGCGAAAAAGCAAUGAAGGCAGGAGCUGUGGAAAAGAUGGAAAAGAAGAAAUCUUUUGGACUCGGACGGAAAUGAUUGUAUCAACACCCCUGCCAUUCUAUGUAUAUUAUAUUCAUCUAUUUUAAAAUCAUUAUACUUGCUCGG